AUGUCCAGGGCCAACAUUCUCCUUCCUCACGACCCGGUAUCGUCGUUUGACAGUGGCCAGGACCAGUAUGAAGUCGCCUUUGCUGCAACGAACAUAACCGCGUUGGGCGAUUUCGAUGGAAUUAUGAUGACUAGUGCACGCUCAUUCAAAGCUUGGGAGAAGGCAAACGGUGCAGGGAACGACGCAUUUCCUUUCUAUGUUGUCGAGAAGGCUACUGCCUCGAAUGCCCAACAACCACAUCCGUGA